AUGUCGGAUGAACAGGCUGCAGUUACUUUAUUAUCAGCAAGUGACCUCGCGAUCAUGAAAAAACAGUACGUGUCUUCUUUCGUUGGUCGAGGUAUUUUAUUUUCGAACAAACUCUUGUGGCGUUUUGGUCGUUUGUUUGUUUUGUUUUUUUUUUCGAUGAAAUUGCAUUUUCUAUAGUAUUCUAGAACUAAAACGAUUUUCUUCAGGCGCCAUUUCAUCCUUCGCGAAAAAAAAAUUUCAGCUCAAGUUUCCAAUUUUGAACUGACGCUAACAUUGACCGUAUAUGGAGAGCAUGGUAUAAUGGCUCAUAUACCAUGAUGGCUAAGCCAAUCAAAACGCUAGAAUUGCAUUAUCCAGUGUUUCAGUUUUUAAUAAUAUAUAAUGUCCUCCGUGAUAAUAUUCGAGAGACUUACAUUUGAUCUUUUUAUUGUAGUUAUUCAUCUUUAACAUUUUUCAUAUAAUUGUCUUUCACUUGUAAGAGGCCAUCUAAACUAAGACUUUCAUGUCCCACAGAAUCCCAAGAAAAUAUACAUAACGCCACCGUUUGUUGUUGUUACAGGUGUAUGUUGUGCGUGGAAAAUGAACUCUCUUUUCAAAAGAGCGCUUGUUUGGACUGCUGCGUUCUUCAUCUGGAUUUGUUUUAGCGCUUGGAUCUUUGUUCAAGUAGAAUACUCGGACGUUGAUGAAUAUGAGCAGAAAUACCAGUUGUUACACUCUCUCUACAAUUCCAUGGCAUAUAAAUUCAACAUAACCAUUGAGGAGUUUAAUAACUUUUCCAAAACAGCGCACGAAGCAUUAAGCGUGCCUAAAUUGCAGUGGAGCUACAGCACAUCUUUUGAUUUCGUCUUUCAGACUGUCACAACCAUAGGUAAGAAUAAUUAUGGGACAGCACGACGUUCUUGAAACGAAUUGUUGAAUUAGCUAACGAAACAGUAGGUGAAUUUGCGAAAUACGGUCCUUUGCUCUAGAGCAAAUGCAGGUGCGUUUUCAAAGGCCAAUACAUGAAGAGGAUUCUGAGUACCUGGGCCGAGUUGUCGAAAGCUGGGUUAAGAUAACCCAGGGUUAGUGCAAGAUUUGAAUUCAGAUUUCAAAGCUUAAAAAACAUUUCAGUUUUAAUUCUUUUUGUCAACAAGUCGAUGUUUGGAAGCUCUAAAAAUAACAGAGAAAAUGGUCUGAGAAAAUGCCUUUGAACACAAGAAAAAGAAACCCAGGUUAAGUGCUAAUCGGCCUUCAAACAACUGUGCCCAGAGCGUUUCGGCUCCAGAAGAGAUCUAGAGUCGCAAGCCCUGUGUACAUGUAAGAUCAAUUAUAGGAGUAGUGGUAAAGGGAUAAACUUAACCACAUUUAUGCCUAGUCAGUGCCUAGCAAGUGCCUAUUCAUUUCGUAAUCCUGCAUACUAAUUUUGGCCUUCCUGCAUACUAAUUUCAAAAGUGCGUAGUCAGGGCCUAGCAAGUGUCUAGUCACUGCUUUCCUCCAUACUAAUAAGUGCCUUCCUCCAUAUGUAAUGAGCUUCUCUCUUAUACAAUAGGCUUGCCUAGACUUGUCCGCCCUAUACCCGCAUUGACGGGUUGAUGUAGAAUCUAUUAUGUGUUUAAAAUAUAAAGAGACGCGUUCUCCGUUUAGCAUUUUAUUCUUGCAAGUUCGAGUUCGGCUCUUGUAGGAAAACCUUUAUUCACUUUUUGAGCAUCAUGGUUUUUAUUACCAACGUUGAUGAGCUUCAAGCUCUUUUGAACGCCUGUUCCUCUACCCAAGAAUGGGAAUUAUUGCUGGACUCCAUUUUAGUACCUAAGGAGUGCAACGUCUAUUAAGAUAUUCAAAUAAGAGGCGCGAUCACCUAGCAACACAAGAAACGGCUUAUGUCCUGUAUUUGUGUAAUGAUCGGAUAUAUAAACAAAACACAUACACAUACAAAACGUGGAGCUGAAAACUCUCUAUUUCAAUUUUGACUGACCGUUACAAAACCGCUUUCUCCAUUCUAUCUCAAGGAAACCACCAACUGUUAAAGUCUGGUGAGUUUAUCGUCUUGUUUCACGCGCUGUUAGUCACUUAAUAAUGCCAGUUAAAAAGCCCACAUUUGCAUACAAAUUGGUUCUACGUAAAAACCCUAAGGUAGAACCUUGAAUUAUUUAUUAUAAAAACACAAAACAAUAAAAAAAACUUAAGAAGGAUUAACUGAAACACUAGACUAAUAAAUGCUCGCAAUAAAACCAGAUACGAGACUCGAAACUUCUUAUGCCGAGUUCGUUUCUUCUUUUUUCCAUGAUCACCAUUGAUAUCAGCCAAAUAAUUUACAACUUGAAUCCGACUCCUUUUGCGUUUCGGGGCUUGUGAUGGAGUUUUUACUGUGGGUGGAGGGGUCAGGAAAGCAGGAUUUACGGCUGGUGGUGGGGUGGAGCUUUCUUUUUCCGGUUUUUGUAAGACAGCCGCUUGUGUUAAUUCAGGUGUUACGUUGAAGGGGUUAAGGGGAGUUGAGAAUGCUUCCUUCGCUGUCGAAGAAUCCUGUGAAUCUUGUGCGCUGAUUGCUUCUUCAGGUCGUGAUCUUGUAUUUAAUUGUUCUUUAAAUCCACGCAUCUGUUUUGCAACUGAAAGCUAAGUAUCGCUUAGCUUUUUCAUCGUCCCGAAGAUCGUUUCGAGAUCAAGCACGUCAUCCAUGUUGCCCUGUAUCUCUUGCAUACCUGGAAGAAGUGGGACAGGAGAAAGAUUUUGCCGCUUUAGAUAUUUUAGAAGCUCUUGAGGAAUAUUUCCUUGAAACCCUACUUGCAUGGUUAAAACCUCCUUCACUGAGCAGGACGUUUUGUUCGCAGUCGACAGUUAACUUGGGUAGUAGUUUUAAGAUCAAUCAGCAGAUAACAAAAUGGUCGUUUUACAGCCUCUUCGUACUGAUUUAGAAAUAAAUCUGCAUUCAGUUUGCCUGGGAGACAUUUGUUUGGCCAGAGUCAAGAUUUGCUAUUUGUAUCGUGGAUUCUUGAAUAGCACCAAAUAAUGACUGUUUAGGCUUAUGCUGCGGCUACCUUUCCCCUGAUGAAAUAGAUUCUGGACGAUAUAAAUCACGCUUAGAUUUCGAUGAUGAGAACCACGAGUAAAGAGGUUCACAAUUCGCUGGUCUUUACUGACGCCAAUCAUCUCAUGAUCAAACACGAUCAAAUUCCGUUUGUUCACAUCAAAAUAGGAAUCCUGCUCCAAAGGCGUAGGAAUUCCCGAAUUUCAUGUGUGGUAUGGCCACUAGAAUUUCUGUAUACGCAGGCUACCAUUGUGAAUAACACAAGACGAUCCUCUACGGGCCGAGGUGAAAACACCUUUUGGUUAUCUGCCGAUUGAUCUGAAACUACUACCCAAGAUAAUUGUCGACUGCGAACAAACGUCCUGCUCAGUGAAGAAGGCUUUUACCAAGUAGGGUUUCAAGAAAAUAUUCCUCAAGAGCUUCUUAAAUGUCUAAAGUUGCAGAAUCUUUCUCCUGUCCCAGAGGCGAACUCGAACUUGCAAGAAUAAAAUGCUGAAUGGAGAGCGCACCUCUAUUUUGAACACAUAAUAGAUCUACAUCAACCAAUCAGUAUGGUUAAAGAGCGGGCAAGUCUACGUAGGCAGGCCCAUUGUAUAAGAGAGACUCUCAUUGCAUACCGAGGAAGGUACUUAUUAGUAUGGAGGAAAGCAGUGACUAAGCACUUAAUUAGUAUGCAGGAAGGCCAAAUUAGUAUGCAGGAUUAGGCAAUGACUCGACACUUGCCUACUAGGCAUAAAUGCGGUUAAGUUCAUCCCUCUGCUACUACUUAUGGGACACCGCGAAGCUCAGAUAGACUAAGGAAACGUUUAAGUAUCAGCAAAGUGAAAACAAUUAAUUAACGAAACAAUGUAAGAAUGGCCCAAGCAAUGUCCCUAGCUUUAUAACAAGAGGAUUCUGUGAGAUUUGAGACUCUACAAGAGAAUAAUUUUCUCGUACGCCUACGCCCUGUCUAUAUCUAAGCGAACUAGGCCAUUUACAAACCUUUGUGAGAAUUUCUGAGAAAUUCGCUUCGUCUAUGGUCAAACUUGUUCAUAAGUGCUGUACUGUCAAGCUAUUUGCUAUCUUUUUUAAAAAUCUGAAACGUGUUUUCGCAUCAAUUGAAUUCAAAAAGAAAUUAUCCAGUUUUGUUAUUUAAGACUAUAUUUAGGCAUUUAGGGACCAGUCAUAAUUUAAGUUGGAGGGGGGGGGGGUGGAGGAGAAACUGGGGGGCCUUCAAUUUUUUUUGGAUGGAAUAAGGGGGGCCUUGAAAUGCCAAAAGAUGACCUUGGGGCGGGGGUCUUCAAGUUUCUUUUAAGUAGCAUCCCUACUGAGCAGCAUGAUGCUUGAGUAUUAAUGGACCUGACUUAGAUUCAGUUUUACACAAAGUCCUAUAUUGUGUAAUACGAAAACAAUUUAAUCAGCAUUUAAUCAGCUCAAAUAGUAGGUGCAUCAACACAACAUCCAUUAUUGUGUAACUCCGAAACAAUUUCAUCGGCAUUUUAACAAAUGAUUACAUGCAUAAAGUCAUGUUAUGCAAUCUCACUAUCCGAAUCAUUAUUUGUAGAUGAGGUUGAUGUGGGCUCACAGUCUGUGUCACUGUCAAGUUUUUUGCUAUUAGAGCAUGUACUGCUCAUAUAAAAAGCAGUAAGCUUUGGCCGAUUAUCUUGUUUCUUCCUUGAAGCGGUCCUGUCGGCCUCUAACCUGUCGAUGGCUUGUCUUAUCUCAAUUAUAACACAAUCACUGAUAUAUCCUUGCUCUAUAAGCUGUUUGAGAGGCUCUAGGUGAAAUCUCUUUCUCAGUUUGGUGUGAAGUGCUUCUCCCUUGUUAGUUAGCACAUUCGGAAGUGACAGUGAGUAAGAACGGUAAAGUAAAGAAAAUGUUACUUGUUAUUACCAUUUGGGUAUUAUGUAAGAAAGGGGGGGCCCUUAAAUCUUUUAACAUGAUUGAAGGGGGGUACCUAAAAAAACAUGGGUGCUAUUAGUAGGGGUCUAGAAAUAAAUUGGGAUAAAAAACAAUUUCUCCCCCCCCCCCUCCAACUUAAAUUAUGACUGGUCCCUUAAACUGUUUUCUGUGGUCUGUUGCAAUGGACGGUAAAAAUAGACAUAGAUUAAAAACAGUUUUAAUACUUUUCCUGCCCAAAUGACUAAUAAAACAGUUAUUAUGUUUAGUAACUCUAAAGCAGCAUGGUUGUGCAUGGUUAAGCACUAAUACGUACUAAUUAAAGAUUCAAGCAAAAAACUGUUGACAAUAACAACGUGCCAUAGGCGAGUGUCUUCCUUGCAAAGUAUGAUGUAUAUGCUUCCGUAGGAAUGAGAUAGAGGGCCAGAAAUCGCUUAAUUAUUGUAAAAUCACAAAUACAUCAGUGCGCUGGUGAUGGGACCCUGCAAGAAACGGCCCGUUCAAUAGAGGUGGAAAGAGAACUCGAUUGGAUCUAAAUAAGGAGACCAUGACGACUUCUCAAAUGUUUGCAGUACUUAAGGGAAAAGAUCUUAGGGACAGAAACAUAAGUAGAGGGUGACCACUUAAUGCAAGUUUGAAUGUCUCUUCUUUUGUCACAGGUUAUGGUUACAUCACACCUCAAACCUCCAAAGGCAAGAUAUUGUGCAUAUUUGUUGCUCUUUUCGGGAUACCAAUUACAAUGCUCGCGUUGAAAUCCAUCGGCGAACUAAUCGUCGUGUGUGUCAACAGCAGCAUCACAAAUUUGGAAAAGAAAAUCCUCAGAAGGCAAGAGGCGAAGAAAGUCCAAGUUAAAAGUGCAGUGGUCCUGUUUUCAUUAAUGGUGAUAUUUUUGAUGGUCUUCGCCCUUCUACUGGUCAACAGCACCGACAUGACUCUUGUCCAAUGCGUGUAUUUCUGGUUUGUAACAUAUACCACGAUAGGUUUUGGUGAUUACGUUCCUGGAAAGAUUCCUCAAAGCAUCCAACGAUUAUCUUUCAACAGCUCCGCAAACCAUGACAACAAAGCUACAAAAUCAUUGCAAGAAUUCGAUGUCCCAGUCUAUGUUACAAUAUUCUAUCUAUUAUUCUGCAUGCUUGGUUUUUGUGUCGUAUCAAGUGUAUUAAAUUCUAUAGUGGCGGCAUUCGAAGUUGAAGGGCAUGGUCCUUGGUGUUUCAGGUGUCAUUCAAGAGAUAUUCUAAACCACGAUGAUGGUAACCAAUUAUCUGCAGUGCAUAGUGAUAUGGGCGUGGCCAAUUUGAACAUGGAAAGCUCUCGAUCGGUAAAUGAAAACGUCAUUUCACUUUCAUUCACGGAAACAACGAAGGAUUAAAUCACCACGAAACCUUUUUACAGUUUUCGUAGAAAAAGGUGAAAGAAAUUCGAAAGGAGAUCUAGAUAAUUAGAUGACGUAUCUCUACUCUGCUCCACCCUUCCUCAGUAGUCUUUAUAACGAAUGUUUAGAAGAAAUUUCCAGUUAUAUUAUUAAUGUAUUAGAGAAUCCUCACAGCUUAUCAGGUUACUUUUCUGACAAAGUAAUCUACUACAGCAACUGAAGCAUCCUAUAAAUUUCGUGCUUUUAAUUUUGCAUGGCCUAUCACCUAAGUACCUUUCAGAUUUAAUUAGUAUUCAACAGCCUUCGUCCUACCAUUUGAGGCGCAACGACAAUGGUCGUUUGUUGGAAAGACCAAGUGCGAAAACCAAGAAAACAUUGGGAGACAGAGCUUUCCAGGUAGCUGCUCCUUUCCUAUGGAAUAAGCUGCCAAGGUCCGCGCGCGAAGCAACGAACUUAGAAUCUUUUAAGACUUUAAUUAAGACAUUUUUAUUUAAGGAAUCAUUUCAGUUAUCUUAGUAUAUCUAAAUCUUUAUUUGUAAUUAUCUUUUACUCAUUUAAUGUAAAUAUUUUUAUAAUUUUGAUAGAAAGAUUUGUAAAAUUUAGUUAUUAAUUACUAUUGUGAUGCGCUUUUGAAUAUGUUAUAGAAAAGGCGCAAAAACAUAUAUAUAAAUGUUAUUGUUAUUGUUGAAUGCUUUUAUCUACAAACAGGCUCAGUUACUCCCAAUCUAGUCGAAUGAUAAUCAGCCUGUAUGAAAAUCAUUUUGCAAAAAUUAAAACAGAGAAAUCGGGGGCACCCAACGUCAAUUUUUGGAAAAUAUCUGUUCGGAAGACGAUUUGAGAUCUAGAAUUUUCGGAAUAUUUGUUGUAAAAUUUCUUGCUUGCCUUCCUCUCCUAGGAUUUUCGAACAUCUGAAAAAUGGCAUAAUUGCCCAUUUUUAACGGAUUUUUUCCCUAAAAAGGUCACCUAGAAUUUUGGGGAGCCUUUUUUCUGGCUGAAAUUUUCGAAAAUGUAGGUUUUGAUCCCUAUAAUUUUCGGAUCACUAGACUCUCAGCUAGGAAAUCCGAACAGAUGAAAAAUUUUUAGCGGAUAAAAAUAUGCCUAUAUUUACCGUUCAAAUACUAAAAUACGUUCAACAAUGCUAUGUUUAAGUGGUUUUGAACUAUAUUCUCGUUGGGUGCCCCUGAGAAAUAUGUAGAGCAUAAAAGCUCAUCUUACAGUUCUGAAAUUAAGUGAGUCAAUUAACCGUCUCCCCCUCCGCCUCACAUACAUUUAGAACUUGAAACAGGCCUUCCUUUUAAGACAUAAAUCUCUCCAAGACACGGAAAACCCUAGCCUGUGUAGAAGGCGCCGGUUAUUUCCUUUACAGGCCGCAGAUUUCUAACUUCGCCCUAGAAGACUGGCGCCUGCUACGUAGGCUAGGAAAACCUCAGUGGAGGGAGAAGGGGAGGAUUGUACCAACAUAUGGAUAUGACUAAGUGUCUAUGUCGGGUUCGCAAGUUACUAAUCAAAAUGCAGGGAAGGUACCUUUGACAACAAAUAUCAAAAAGGGGUGAAAUAUAGUGACGGUUGUUAAGUUGUGAGCUAAGAGGAAAAAAACUAUGAUAAACUAACGCUCACUUCUUCUAUUUAAAUCCAAUAUUUGCUUUUGCAUCAGAGUUUAUUGACGGUUGUAUACAUUAUUUUUACAACGUGAUUUCUACACAUCGAGCGACAGACUUAUUAUUAUUAUUUUCUGUCUCAUAUUUAUUUGGUAGGUAAUUAAGCAAUUAUUUUAAGACGAUGCUUGGUCAAGGAUUAGUUGAAAAUACGAAAAUCGACAGUAAAAAAGUGCGACGUUAAGGUUUUUAGGGUGUCCUUUUAGUCUCUAACUCUCUCAAAAAGAGCGGCGUUGCGCUGGAUAAAUAGAGGGAUAAUCGACAGGGCGAUUCGAAAUGACUAAAGGACGGAACUGGGACUAAAGCUUAGUAGAACACUUCGCUCGGUUGCGUAAUCCCGGGGGAGGGGUACUGCCAUAUAUGGACUAUAUAGGUAUGUGCCGCUGUGAAGGGUAUGGUUUUUAAGCAGUUUACUCUAGGACAGGGUAUAUAAAUUAGAACAUUUGGGUCUAGAAUAGGGUAUCAUUUUUCAGGAAACUGAUCAGUUGGUUACUCUAGGAUAGGGGGGAUUUGGGGAGUUUACUCUAGUACAGGGUAGCAAAAUUUAGCUGAGCUAGCUCUAGUAUAGGUUAAAGGUUCCAGGGUCCCAGCGGCACAUCCCCAAACAGAAAUUCCUAAAGUACCCCCCCUUAACGGGAAGUAAUUCAAUUGUGUUGAGUUCUGUUGGUUCGAGGUAAUUCUGAUCGGUAACUUGAAGAGGUAAUUCACUGUCGUGGUACUUCGUACUGGGUAGCUCGACGCUCUUGGCGAGAGGUAAUUCAAACUGUACAGUGUACAAGCUUGCUUAUAUGUGGUCUAGCAAUGCUGAUGCUGUUCAAACAUUAUAUUCGGAAAGUCUUUAAUAUAAAACUACAUUCACAGCAGAAUGAUAAACAACUAACAUCCUCCGAUUAAAAACAAGCCCUUACAAAGGACAGUAAAGCAACUGAGAACACUUCAAUUGCUCUUGAUUAUUGUGCUGAAUAUUACUAAUAUCAUGAUUCUAGAUCAGUAUCGGAUCCAGACCUAAUAACAGGGGCACCCAAUGGAUCUUUUCCUCAAAAUAUCUGUUCUUCAUGCAAAUUUUUGCUGGCUGGGAGAUUUGGACAAAAUAAUAUGUCCUGGGAAAUUGGAAAAUUGUGGGUGUCUGAGGUGCUAGCUGCUGAGCGCUAUGUGUCAGAAACCUCUUAGCCCUCCCCCCCCACAACCCCUACUGAAGGGGUGAAUGUAGCACUUAAGCCACACCCAAAUUCCUAUCAAACCCCUCCCCCUUGAAGGGAUGAAUUUUGCCCUAGGGCCUUCGUCUGCUAGGAAACUUCCAAGUAAGUCAGGUUGCAGGUUGAAGGUGCACCUUGCUGGCUGGGAACCUCUUCAUCAGUCUUGCUGGGAGUAAGGAACAGAUAAAUUUUUCCCAGCAAUCUCCCAAAAUGCUUAAAAUAGCUUCAGAUAUCUUUAUUCAUGCUUUUUUGUUGUUUUUAAGUCUUCUUUUUCAAAAUUUUCUGUUGGGUGCCCUUGUAAUAAGGGGGGCCAGGUCAUCCAGACCUUUAGAUAAAGAUAAACGUCAAGAAAGUAAUGUUUAAGCAGCUUUCGUUUUCCCAUCCAAGGUUAAUUACGAUCGUAACUUCUUACUGCCGUGAAUCUUGAUAAAACAAAUUGUAAGGAGCGGCUGAAUAAACACUCAUCUUUGCACGGUUUUUUGCGAUCUUAAACUUAAAUGUUUUAAAAUCAUAUUCGGAAUGCUGAAAUGUUAACUUUGAUAAAACUGAGUUCCCUUCUAAAGAUAACAUUGAAAUAUCGGCCGCGACAAAAGUGUGUUUAAUCAAAACUCUCCCAAUAUGCGUCAUGCUGUAAGUAAGAAAAUAAUAUUUCCACUGUUACAUAACAGGGUCGAGUAGAAAGGUAAGGAGUACUUCUGUAAUGAUACAAAUUAAGCAAAUGAAAAAUACAAAAAAGAUUGGUUAUUAUAUGAGUUUCUAGAGAGGUCAAUUAUAUUUAGGAUGAUUUCUGUUCCCCGGUAGAUCACUACCAAGUUGUAUACUGUUCAUCUAUCUUGCUGACUGCUAAACUGAAAAUUCUAACCAGAAGAGGCAUUAUAUUCUACAUGUUAUGCCUUUUACUGACUGUGGGUCUGAUCGUUCACAACUUAAAACUAAUGAUAAUGAUAAAUACUUAAUUAUACUCUCCCCUCAUGAGGCUUCUCCGGAAUAAUGAAGCAAGUAGUAAUUAAAAUGGAACGUAGCAAGGGUUUAAGAGUCCCAACUGGUAGGAUGAGAACCAGCUGGCUAUUUCACAAGCGUACCAGGGAUUAUGGGGGAUUUGAACAAAUCCAGCUAGCUAGCCGUUAGCCUGGGACUUAAAAUCGGGGCGUACUGAGUACAAAUCCAGCGCUCCAACUACUAGGCAACGAUGCUUCCAGAAAUAGUCAUAAUUAAUUAUUUAAAACGGGGUCAAAAAGACUUGAUAAGAAACCCCCAAGAGUUUCAAGGAUCAAAAUCUUAGAAAAUAUAUCCAAAUUUGAAUUGAAGAUUUUUGUAGUAGAGGUCGCCUAUCAGGUUCCAGGCUGUCCACGAUGUCAGGAUAAGCUAAAGAAAAGUUUGAAUCCCAUUCAAAUUCACAGUAUGCAAUAGAAAAAAGGUAAUUAUUUAAUAUGAAUUUGAAUUUUUAUAAUUGCAAUUUGGACUUGAAUUGUUGUUUAACAAUGCUCAUUUAAAUGGUUCCAUUACUGUGAAGCUGAAUGAUACUGGUCGAUACUGGAAAUAGCAAGAGUCAGAAGGCACAACGGUGAAAGAUGAACCCGCUCCUCUUUAAAGCGCUUCUUCGCACUGCUUUCUUCAUCGCGUGGUCGUGUUUUAGUGCUUGGCUUUUCGUUCAAGUGGAACACACUGAAAAUGAUUUUGUUGAUGAAAAGUAUCAGUUACUGCGCUCCCUUUACAUUUCCAUGGUAUCUAAAUACAACAUGACCAUCGACGACUUCAACAACUUUUCCAAUAUUGCACAUGAGGCAUUGUCCGCACCUGAUUUGCCGUGGACCUAUGAUCAUUCCUUUGACUUCGUUUUACAAACGGUGACUACAAUAGGUGAGGACAUUCCACAUCAAGAAUGUAAAUUAAAAUGCAAUGUCUAAUAAUGCGUUUUAGCCAUUUUGAGUGUCAGCCUAAGGUUGAUAAGUUUUCAUGACGAUCACCGGCUAGACUGCUAAGAGCCAUUUUUGAUCAUCGCCGUCGCAAACGCAGAAGAGUAUCGUCCAACGGAGCGUGCCCGAACAUUUUGCUACUCGAGCGACUGGAAAGGGCCGGGUAACAGUUUUCGAAAGAAUCAUUCGCCUUAGUAUUCUUUCCAGCAACGAGUAUUCAGAAUUCCUGAUGACUAUUGGAAGCGAACAAGAGAGGCUUGAUGCGGAUCUAUUCUAAACUAGUAAUUUAGCAGUGUUUUUUUUUUCUUUUUUUUUUUUACAAAAAUCACCACAAAAUUAUUAUGGUUUGUGCUCCGCGGUAAAAUUUAUUUAAUCUCUUAAUUCUUUAUACCUCGACAGGAGCUUUUGCAGCACAGAAUUGAUCUAAAAAAAAAAAAGCGAUAUCCUCGUAACAUCGCCCCUUGAAGUGUCACUGUUUUUAAUUUUUUUUUUCCGUGGCCUAAUUUACAACCUGAUUUCUUUUGGUGCCGAUAAAUUCACUGAACGGCCUCAGCUAAAAUUGUUCGGAUUGAUCUUCUUGGUGGUAUUUCCGCUAACAAUGUUUUAAACAUCUUAACUUUCCUCUAUCAUAGGAUAUGGGUAUAUCACACCAAAAACAGAAGGAGGCAAGAUACUUUGCAUCUUUGUCGCUUUGGUGGGGAUUCCGCUCACAAUGCUGGCAUUAAAAACGGUUGGCGAGCUCAUUGUCUAUGGUGUUAACAAAGUUGUUAAGAAGUUUGAAACGAAAGUCCUCAAGAAGUCAGAAGUACGACAACUGCAAACUAAAACUGCAGUAAUCUUAUUUUCAUUAUUGGUGAUGCUAAUAAUGACUACCUCCAUUCUUAUUGCAAGAAGUGCGGGUUGGACCGUUACCGAAAGCGUUUAUUAUUGGUUCAUAACUUAUGCAACGAUCGGUUUUGGUGACUACGUUAUGAAAGACUUUCCUCAAAGAAUUCAUAUGUUGUCUAGCAAUGGCUCAAGAAGCCACCAGGGCCAAGAAAAACGCGCAUUUGAAGUAGCAGAAACUGCGCGAAUUUUUCUUACAACUUUAGCCUUGUUUUUUAGUAUACUAGGUCUAUGUUUAGUCUCAAGUGUAUUAAACUCCAUCAUGGCCGCUAUUGAGGAACUGAACCUCCGACCUCGUUGUCUCAGAGGAAAAACUGAGGAUCGACCCUGUGACAACAAGAACAGUUCUCCAGAGCAGUGUGACAGAGAAGUUAUUCAAGCGUUAUAGCAAGAAAAGCCAAGGAUUUCAGAGAGGAAACAUCAAAGCGAGAAUUAAUGACGAUCGACUUUAAGCACAUACACGUUAUAAAAUUAUAGCCCCAUUUAAAGGUAAUGUUACACCGCGACGAUUCACAACGAAAUGUUAUGUUUGUUGUAGAUCACUACCAAGUUGUAUACUGUUCAUCUAUCUUACUGACUGCUAAACUGAAAAUUCUAACCAGAAGAGGCAUUAUAUUCUACAUGUUAUGCCUUUUACUGACUGUGGGUCUGAUCGUUCACAACUUAAAACUAAUGAUAAUGACAAAUACUUAAUUAUACUCUCCCCUCAUGAGGCUUCUCCGGAAUAAUGAAGCAAGUAAUAAUUAAAAUGGAACGUAGCAAGGGUUUAAGAGUCCCAGCUGGUAGGAUGAGAACCAGCUGGCUAUUUCACAAGCGUACCAGGGAUUAUGGGGGAUUUGAACAAAUCCAGCUAGCUAGCCGUUAGCCUGGGACUUAAAAUCGGGGCGUACUGAGUACAAAUCAAGCGCUCCAACUACUAGGCCAUGAUGCCUCCAGAAAUAGUCAUAAUUAAUUAUUUAAAACGGGGCCAAAAAGACUUGUAAUUUAACCCCCAAGAGUUUCAAGGACCAAAAUCAUAGAAAAUAUAUCCAACUUUGAAUUGAAGAUUUUCGCAGUAGAGGUCGCCCAUCACGUUCCAUGCUCUCCACGAUGUCAGGAUAAGCUAAUUAAAGAAAAGUUUGAAUUCCGUAUACCAAAGUACAUCAAAUUUUGAUUUGAUAGCAAGGUAUUCACAGUAUGCAAUAGAAAAAAGGUAAUUAUUUCAUAUGAAUUUGAAUUUUUAUAAUUGCAAUUUGGACUUGCAUUGUUGUUUAGCAAUGCUUAUUUAAAUAGUUCGAUUACUGUGAAGCUGAAUGAUACUGGUCGAUACUGGAAAUAGCAAGAGUCAGAAGGCACAACGGUGAAAGAUGAACCCGCUCCUCGUCAAAGCGCUUCUUCGCACUGCUUUCUUCAUCGCGUGGUCGUGUUUUAGUGCUUGGCUUUUCGUUCAAGUGGAACACACUGAAAAUGAUUUUGUUGAUGAAAAGUAUCAGUUACUGCGCUCCCUUUACAUUUCCAUGGUAUCUAAAUACAAUAUAACCAUCGACGACUUCAACAACUUUUCCAAUAUUGCACACGAGGCAUUGUCCGCACCUGAUUUACCGUGGACCUAUGAUCAUUCCUUUGACUUCGUUUUACAAACGGUGACUACAAUAGGUGAGGACAUUCUACAUGAAAAAUUUAAAUUAAAAUGUAAUGUUUAAUAAUGCAUUUUAGCCAUUUUGAGUGUCGGCCUAAGGUUGAUAAGUUUUAAUAAUACGAUCACCGGCUACACUGCUAAGAGCCAUUUUUGAUCAUCGCCGUCGCAAACGCAGAAGAGUAUCGUCCAACGGAGCGUGCCCGAACAUUUUGCAACUCGAUCGACUGGAAAGGGCCGGGUAACAGUUUUCGAAAGAAUCGUUCGCCUUAGUAUUCUUUCCAGCAGCGAGUAUUCAGAAUUCCUGAUGACUAUUGGAAGCGAACAAGAGAGGCUUGAUGCGAAUCUAUUCUAAACUGGUAAUUUAGCAGUGUUUUUUUUUUUCGCAAAUAUCACCACAAAAUUAUUAUGUUUUGUGCUCCGCGGUAAAAUUUAUUUAAUCUCUUAAUUCUUUAUACCUCGACAGGAGCUUUUGCAGCACAGAAUUGAUCUAAAAAAAAACAGCGAUAUCCUCGUAACAUCGCCCCUUAAAGUGUCAGUGUUUUUAAUUUGUUUUCGUGGCCUAAUUUACAACCUGACUUCUUUUGGUGCCGAUACGUUUACUGAACGGCCUUGGCUAAAAUUGUUAGGAUUGAUCUUCUUGGUGGUAUUUCCGCUAACAAUGUUUUAAACAUCUUGACUUUCCUCUAUCAUAGGAUAUGGGUAUAUCACACCAAAAACAGAAGGAGGCAAGAUACUUUGCAUCUUUGUCGCUUUGGUUGGGAUUCCGCUCACAAUGCUGGCAUUAAAAACGGUUGGCGAGCUCAUUGUCUAUGGUGUUAACAAAGUUGUUAAGAAGUUUGAAACGAAAGUCCUCAAGAAGUCAGAAGUACGACAACUGCAAACUAAAACUGCAGUAAUGUUAUUUUCAUUAUUGGUGAUGUUAAUAAUGACUACUUCCAUUCUUAUUGCAAGAAGUGCGGGUUGGACCGUUACCGAAAGUGUUUACUGUUGGUUCAUAACUUAUACAACGAUCGGUUUUGGUGACUACGUUGCAAAAGACUUUCCUCAAAGUAUUCAGAUGUUGUCUAGCAAUGGCUCAAGAAGCCACCAGGGCCAAGAAAAACGCGUUUUUGAAAUAGAAGAAACUGCGCGAAUUUUUCUUUCAAUUUUAGGCUUGCUUUAUAGUAUACAAGGUCUAUGUUUAGUCUCAAGUGUAUUAAACUCCAUCAUGGCCGCUAUUGAGGAACUGAACCUCCGACCUCGUUGU